UCUUUCGCGAACUGUCGAGUUACGAGUAUUUCAGAUUAUUCGCUAGUAAUAACAAACAGUGAACAUUGUCUCAAAAUGCCGCGAGUUUUCACAAACGAAGAAUACACGGAUAUUCAUUAUGUACGGUUUGUGUGCAGGAAAUGCAAGGGCUUCUACUAGAUAAUAUGAACGAAGAUUCUCUAACAGAAGAGUGCCGCAUCACACAGUCUUUACCAAUGUUCAUUUGCAAUUACGUUCGACGGGUACAUUUCGUCCGUUGGCAGAAUGUGGAGCUAUACGUAAUUAUCGUCGUUCUCAAAGAAUUCUUAAUAUGUUUAAUAAUGAUCCUACUACAAGUAUUCGACGAGCGUCAUAUCAGCUCCAGCUAUCCCGAAGUAUGGUUUGAAGAACAUCGUGAACUGAUAACAGGUACCCGUAUCAUUUCACACCGGUACAAGUACUUUUGCCAACCGAUCACGAAAAGCGAACACAAUUUUGCGAAUGGUACGUGCAACAAAUACAAGAAGAUGAUUUUUUCCCAUCAAGAAUACUAUGGAUUGACGAGGCUACAUUUACGAGAGUUAGAUGGAUGCCCAGCACAUUACGGAAGACAAGUACGACAGUGGUUAAACGGACAUUAUACCGAAAGGUGGAUUGGUCGAGGAAGUCCGAUAUCUUGGCCUCCAAAAUCACCAGAUCUUACGCCAUUCUUCUACUUGUGCCAGACUUCUACUUGUGGGGGACAAUGAAAGAAAAAGUUGAUCGAACACAAAUCAUGUUAAGAAAUGAACGAAUACAAAGAAUUAUCGACGCAGCUGCAAAGAUAAAAUAAAAUCCGCAAGAAAGUUUUAGGGUGAUAAAUUCAGUAGUAUAUUGAUAGCUUGUAUUGACAUGGGCGGACGGCAUUUUGAAAUGCGAACUUAAGUGAAAUUGUUUCUUACAUUUUGUAUUUUAUUUUUGCUAUAACUUUCUAAUAAAGCAUUUUGAGACCUAUGUUUA